CAAUAUACGAAGUAAUAUUUUCUCUGUCCUCAACUUUGCUCUUAUCAUCAUCCUUUUUCUUUUUUUCCCGAAAUGUCCCUGUCAUUCUUAAUCAUCUUCCACUUGUGAGAUUUUUCUUAUGUUUAUCUUAGAUUUUUCCAUUUUCAUCUACUAAUAAUACUACCCUCAACUACCUUUUUCUUUUUAUUUAUACGUUUUAUUAUAGUAAAGGAUUCUACCUUUUUUUUUUCCAUCAAAUUUUAAUACCAUUUCUAUUAUUAAUUAUAACUACCAAUAUUGUUAUUAAUAUUUACUUUAUUUUUCUUUCUUUCUUCAAAUUUUGAAAUUCUUAGUUUUCCUCGAUUAUCUAGAUCGUCACCAAACCCUAAUUAUUUUCCCCCUUUUCCAGAUCUUAUAACCAGGUUGAAGUUUACUGGAUUUAUCAUGGGUUCAAGCUUAAUAACUGCUGAUGCUUCCGAUUCAUCUGAAAAAUUAAAAAGAUGGAUCAUAAUGAGACAGGAUGCCAAGCACCAGAGCGCCCAACUUUGUGCAUUAAUAAUUGUGGCUUCUUUGGUCAUGCAGCCACAAGGAAUAUGUGUUCCAAAUGUCACCGAGAAACAGUGCUCAAGGAUGAACAGGCAAGGUUUGCAGCCUCUUCCAUUGAAAACAUAGUGAAUGGGAACAACAAGGGCAAAGAGGCUGUUGUUGUGCCUGCUGCUUCUGUUGAUGUAAAAUCUGGAGAGGUAGAGACAAAAGUUGUAAAUGUUCAAGCUGCUAGCGAGUCAAUUGUUGGACAGCCUUCUGAGGACAAGAAAGCGGGUCCAAGUAGAUGUUUAACUUGCCGUAAGCGUGUUGGUUUGACUGGUUUUAGUUGCAGGUGUGGUAACCUGUUUUGUGCCGCUCACCGGUACUCUGACAAGCAUGAUUGUCCCUUCGAUUACCAGUCUGCUGCUCAAAAUGCCAUAGCUAAAGCCAAUCCAAUCAUCAAGGCAGACAAGCUCGAUAAAAUCUAGAAGCAUGAUGACAAGUCACCAGUUUCUUUCUAUCGUUGUUUUUCGCUUUUAGUAUUGCUGCUUUCCUUGUUAGAAACUAUUAUGUCUAUAAAUGUAUGACAGGGGGCAGUCACAGAGGUGCACUCACCUUGUUUGCCAACUGGGUUGGCCACCUCUGCACCAGUUUGUAAGUACUUAUUUGCUGGUUUGUGGCACUUUGAUAAUUAAUUUGCGAGUUUGGGUAUUAUCUCUAUGAUCACUUCUGCAUA